UAUUCAUCGUCAUCCGGGCGACCACAGUUCUCACUUCUUUCUCAGCCGCGCCGGUGUAGCAUCGUCGCCUGCGUUCAUCCGCUUCAUACUCUCCGGUCGCGCCGUCGUCUUCGCUUUCACCUUCGCCUUCGUCUUCUUCUUAGAUUUUUGGUGGACACUUUCUCUCACUCGGAGUUCCAAUUCUCGAAUUUCCGAUGGAUCAAGUGACCGAAGAAGUGGAGAAAGUCAAGAAGGAUUUCGAAGAAACAUGCCGUCAAGUGCAGGAACAUAUAGCCUCCAUUCAAGAAUACGGGAAGAAAUCGAGAGUUGCCGAUUCAGGCGGAGACGAAGAGGCGGAGAAGAAAGAUUCGUUGCCUAGGUUAAAUGGAUUGGUUCAAGAUGGUCUGAACCGGCUGAAAUCAUUGCUUUUCGAUCUCGAUCUUCUUGCUCCACAACUGCCAUCGGCGGAUGAGGCUGAAAGGGCUCAAGCUUUGGCUCAGUCUUGGAAAUAUCAUAUCCAGAGUUUGACGGGGAACCUAAGGAAUGCACAUUUGCAAGCAAGGGAUAAUAUGAAGAAAGCUGCUCAAAAAGAGAGAGAGCUUCUUUUAGGAGGCGGCGAAGAGUCCACGACACGGAGGAGGAAUCUCCAGACAAAAGCUGGAAUGACUUCUGCUGCAGAGAGCAUCACAGAGAGUCUCAGGCGAACUCGCCAACUCAUGGUUCAGGAGGUUGAACGAAGUGCAAGCACUCUGAUGACCUUUGAGGAAUCAACGGGUGUAUUAAAGAAAGCUGAAAGUGAGUACAAGGGCCAUGGCUCAUUACUUUCACGGACCCGAAAUCUUCUCUCGACAAUGCAGCGCCAAGAUGUUAUUGACAGAAUAAUAAUGGUUGCGGGAUUUCUUCUUUUCUCUUUGGCCGUGCUUUAUGUUGUGUCGAAGCGCAUUGGUAUACUCAAGCUACAAAGGAAGGUAAUCGAAGCAGUCAAAUCUGGCACGGCAGAACAACUAAUUCCAAAACCACCUGUAGUCGGUGAACAAGGUAUGAAUAUUGUUCACCAAAAUAUAGUCCCCCCUCCCAAUUUAGAUGCACCACUAGAACAACCUUUGCACGAUGAGCUUUGAAGCCUAUACACAUAUUUGAUACAUAUUGCCAAAACUUGCACCUUUUUCCCCUUCUUCAAUGACUGAUGCUCUGUAAGGAGAAACCACAAUAUCGAUAUGGGAUCGACCUAGAACUUAGGAAUGUUGCUAUUAUGUAGUUGUUGUGUAGACAAGGAGAAAUGAAUACAAUGUGAUAUUCAUUAGUUUGUUGUUAUCGAUGGUGUGUUUGAUUUAACUAAGGGGAUGAAACGGAAAAUGUAAACUUCGUAUAUUGAACCUGUGAUGCAACAAUACGAAAACAAUGCCUAAUAGAUAGCCAGUGCCAUCUAGCGGUAAGCUGAUCAUUUUGCCACUUGUGAACCUAGUAGGAUGAUGUUUUAAUGGAUUUCUUAAGUUGUCUUCCUGUAAUAUAAUUUAUUAAAUGUCCUACUUUGAGUAGGACAUAUGCAUUAAUUCGUUUUGGAGUUAUUUUGUAUGUUUGUGUAUGGUCGAACAUGUGCAUACGUCAAUAUUGCUUUGGGUGUACAUGAUAAAUGGUUCAAAAGUUUUUAAAGAGAGAGAGAGUUACCGUUCUGACUCAUUGAUUUUUUUGUUUUUUUUGGAUGAGUAGUUAACUUUGUAAUCAAUUAGAUACCAACAAGUUCUUUGUAUUGAGCUGUAUCUUAUCCAAGUGACCAUUUAUUAUUAUUAUUAUUAUAUAUUUUUUCUGUUCCAUGAUACUGUUGUUGCAGGUUGUGGAGGUCAUUGUUGAUUGAUGUCAGAUAAUUCUGUUCAAUCAGGCAAUUUACUCCAAGAUUAUGUUAAGAAUGUUCUGAUAUGCUAUUUUAGUAAAUGAUCGUGAUGCAUUGAUGCCAGAUAUGCUGUAAAGUCAACUAAAGAUACCAUAUUUUCUCAAUUUGCUAAAUUUCAUUGGUUAUAAAGAUUUAGAUCCUGCAUUUGUAGUUUCUGAAGCUGCAAGUAAAAGAAAGAAACAUCAGUGGCUUUUAGUUGUAAGCGAUAAUAAGAUGCCUAAUGGAAAUGUGAUUAAAUUGUGAUUUUCUGUGACAUGAAAAGCUUAUUGCUCUUGAUAACCGACUUGCUUUCUGGUUGUUGUGUACCUGCCUUGAGUUUCUGUUAAGUUUCGUGUCUGUUGUUGACUUGUUUCUAUUUGAGGAUGCCUAACUUUCUUCUUUGAUUAGCCCCUAGGGGAGGGGGGAUGGGGUUGGGGUAUGGAUAGGGGAUAGUUUUCUGUCGCAUCAUUGUCCUUUUGGAUUGGAAGUGGAUUCUGGGGCAUGGUUACAAAUUAUUUUGUGGUGUGAUAAGCUUAUCAUCACAUCUUUCUCCUGAUAAAUCAGUUCAACAAAUAGGAUUCUUUUGACUGUUUACGAGAACAGAGAAUUUGACUCAUUAGAUUAGAAAUGAGCUCUUGGGGUAUGUUAGUUUCCUCUUUGCAUAUAAUUAAUUGACUAAAGACGAAAGUAUGUUUCUUAAUUUUAUGUUAAAAGUUAGUUUCGAGUUUUCUUCCUUCUAAACAGUAAUUCCAUGGUAGCAAACCUGAUAUAACUCUGUUUUCUUUGGUUUCUUCAGUUAGCUACGGCUCUGUUCUGUAAUUUCUUAAAUUUAUAGAAUGUUACUGCUGUUCAUGUUUUUCUGUCGUUGUUUAGAUUAAAUGUCCAUUCAACUUUACUUUCUUGCCUUUUUGGUGGAGCUUAAAUUGGUAUGCUAAUGAAUUCGAUAUUAGUAAUGAAUGACACCGUGCAAUAGGUGGCUUGUAUGAAAAGAAGCAUCAUAUCGAUGUGUCAGCACUAUACAAGGAUUGGGAUGAAGUUUCAUGUCCCAUAUGCAUGGAGUUUAAAAAAAAACCCAUAAUAUUGUUAUUUUAAAAAAAUCCCAAAAUAUAUGUAUGCUAGUAUAAAUUGCAGAGAAGAGGGACAGGUGCCCUGCAGCGGGUAGUAAUGGAGUAUUUGCUGCCAACGUUGAGGGAGAAGAGAGCAGUCGAUUCCCUCAUCAGAGACACCUUCGACAAGGUCCUCGUCCUUCCCUUUGGCCGCUCCUCCGAUGCCAUCUGCCUCCAGUUAGACGACUGUUCAAAUCAGCGAGAGAUGUGUCCAGAUUUGCUACGGAGGGUUAUUGGAGGUGGAUUCGGAGGAGAUUCAGGUUUAUGUAAAGUAUUUUGAUAUAACAUUCAUCCCCCCCAUUGUUUUCUUCUUCAAUGCACACCACAUGAAGAUGGAUUCCAGGUAAUUGCUCUUCCUAAUUCAAUUUUUCUUCAUGAUUUGAUUGGUUCCAUUGCAGACUUUCGACGUUGCUGGAAUUCUGUCCACGGAUUAAUCUGUUCUAAGAUUGUGUUUAUGUAAUUGAGAAAGUUCAUUAGUAAGAUACCAUUGUCUAUGAAACAUUGGGCUUAAUGCGGCUUUGACAUCACCGUAGAAAUUAUUUAUGCAUUAGGGUUUUUGGUUUGGUAAGUCAUUCAAUUCCUAAUUCUUAACUAUUGCAGAAGUACAUUAGUGUCUUCGACUUCAUUGAUGUUGUGGAGGUAUUCAUAUGUUGGAUACUUUUAUGUUGUUUCUUCUUAUUUGAACAGUAUCUGUGAUUUCGAGUUCAUGAUUCUCAUGACUUUUAUUUUUUCAAAUUCUAAUACAAAACAUCAAAAUAGUUAAGGUUCAUUAUCUUGGAGAACCGAAAACAUCAAAAUAUUAUUGGGCGAAUUUGUAUGUUAUGCAUAAAUCCUCCAAAACAAAUAUAAAUCUCUGUUUUCUGUGUGCUUAGGAGAUGAUCUAUGUAAGUAUGGGCGAAUGUUAAAUUGUCAAUCUUGAUCAAUGUUGAGUUCUGUAUUUGAUAUAAAGUCAUGUUGGUGUGUCUGAUGACCAUCGUAGGUGUUAUAACUUGUAUAUGAAAAAGUAGUACAAUAUAUAGAACUAAUUCCCCCGCAAUUUUAUUUUUUAAUUCUUUCUUCUUGCCAAUAUUUUAAUGCGAUGCAGCAUUGAUUAAUCUUAGUGUUUUUCUGUUGAUGUCUUUAGUAUGUGUUAACGGGGCCUAAAAUGUGACGAUGUAUUAUUAUAUUUACACUAUCUGACUGCAGGCAAUAUAUAGAGGAGCAAUGAAGGGAAAACUUAUUAUUAAUUGUCCACUGCUUCCUGAGAGAAUCCCAAAGUUUCAGUUGCUGUAUAUAGAUGUUUAACAGGUAUAUUUAUAUCUAUGUACCAUGUAAUCUAUUUGAAAAGUCCAUUUAUUUGGACUUCUGAAUAUAAGGUCAUAAUAUUUUGAAUUUGACAUGUUUUCCGAACUCAUUGUUUGGAAGACAAACAUAUCCUGUUUCAGUGUGAGCUUGAGCUUGGUACUCUUCAAUUGCAAACAGACUGAUGUGGUCAUAUUUAAAUUUUGUAUGUAUGAAAACGAUUUAGUGGAUAUAAAUUGGAAUAUUGGUGUUCCUUAUUUGGAACCAGAAUACAAGUCCGAGGUCAUUGAAAUAUUUAUGUCGAUCAUUCAUCAACCGGUCGACUUAGAAUUUGGAAUCUCAUACUUACAAGUGUGA